UUCAUGAUGGUAAAGAUAAAAUGUCCUGCAAGUACAGGCAUUUACAUACACAUAUUGUGAAUUUAGAUGUGAUUCAACAGGUCAUUCUGCUGGCCGGAAUAUUGACCAUCAUUUUAAAGGGCACAAACAAAUUUAUUAGACAACGGAGAUUUUGAGUCAAGCUGUUCUGGUUUAGGAAACUGGAUAUGUAUGGGAGGAUGUACACUAACUCCAAAUGGUGAUGCCCGCACUGGCUCGCUUAGUAUGCAAGUCUCUAACAGGGAUGCUAACUGGAAAGGCUUGGCUCAAUUUGUAAAUGUUGAUGGAGGUUCUCGUUAUAAAUUGACCGCCUUUGUGAAGCUACUCAAUAUUGCCAACAACAAAACUUACCAGGAUGUGCAGCUGAUCAUGAAAUGUGAGGAUGAAAAUGAGACAGCAAAAUAUAUGAAAUUUGGAAAAACUCCACUGGUUCAAGCAGGGCAAUGGUAUGAAGUUGGAGGUGUGAGAAAGAUUAAUGAAGGACUACACACAUGUAGGUUUUACGUGUCGACAGAGGCUCAUACAGAUUAUCUUGUUGAUGAUGCCAGUUUAGUGUUCGUAACCGAGGAUCCUGACUGGAGAAUAAAAGCCAAUGAUAGAAUAAAACAACAUAGGAAGGCUGACAUCACUGUUAGGAUGACCGGAGAUUACGCUGAAUCUACGUCAUUAGAUAUCGAGCUUCAGCAAACAAAGCAUGAGUUUAUCUUUGGGUCAGUGGUUCGAGCCGCAUUGUUAGAAGACGACGAUCUGAACCUGCCAUACCAGAAGGUCUUCUAUGAGAACUAUGAGUGGAGCGUGCUAGGCAAUGCACUUAAGUGGAAGCAAAUGCAGCGAAAGGAGAACUUCAUUGAUUAUCCGACGCCCCUUACCGCAAUGAACACUUUAGCUUCAAAGGGAAUUCUUCUAAGAUGUCACUGCGCUGUCUGGGGAGUAGAUGAAAGAGUACCAGACUGGGUUAAACUUCUAAAGGGACAAGAUUUAAUUGAUGCUGUUGCCGAGCGAAUCGAAGGCGUAGUCAACCAAACAAAGGGACUAUGUGAACAUUGGGAUGUGAACAAUGAAAUGUUACAUGGAGACUUCUUUGAGCGUGAAUCUGGUAAUCCUGACAUUACUAUGGACAUGUUCAGGCAAAUCCACAAGUGGGACGAUCACCCGACGCUCUUUCUUAACGACUAUAACGUCAUUAGUAAUUGUGACGUCGCAGUGGCAAUGAAGGACACCGCUGUUAGGUUUCAGCAGGCAGGCGUGCCUAUUGGUGGGAUCGGAGUUCAAGGUCAUAUGCGCGACAUUGAUUUGACCUUAGUCCAGGCUAGACUUGACAUUUUAGCCGAGGCUGAUCUACCCAUAGUUAUUACAGAAUUUGCGGUGAACGAGAUAAAUGACACGUUGAAAGCUGAAAAAUUAGUGGAUCUUAUGACUAUAUUUUUUGGACACCCCUCAAUUGACGGAGUGGUUUUCUGGGGAUUCUGGGACGGUCAGAUAUGGGAACCGGAAGCUGCAAAAUUUACAGGGAAAAAUGUGGAACCAAACGCUGCCGGUUUAGCAUACCAGGAAUUAUAUCAAAACACGUGGAGAACACGUGACUUUCAAACGCUUCGAGGCCUCGAGGAAUAUACAGUGACAGGAUUUAAGGGAGACUAUCUGCUCAAAGUGAAACACGGAGGAGAAAUUUUACUGACGCAGGAGUUUCAGUUGUCAGACGAAGGAAUCGAUCUAGAAAUUCACUUAAAUGGAACAUCUGGUGGGUCCCCGAGCGUCUCCCACGUGCUGGUCAGCUGAAGAAAAAAAUGUGUCAA